AUGUCGAAAACGGUUAACAUCUCGUCGCCGUCGCAGCUUACGGAGGUGCUGCAAGGCUCCAAGCUCGUGGUGGCAGACUUUUACGCCGACUGGUGUGGCCCUUGCAAACAAGUCGCUCCUGUGUUCGAACAGCUCUCGGCUGCUCUGUCGCGGCCCAAGCUCGUGACCUUUGUCAAGAUCGACACCGACAAGCAAAAGGACGUCGCACAGGCCUACCGAGUCACAUCUCUGCCCACCUUCAUCAUCUUCCGCAAUGGAAAGGUCGCCGACAAAGUCCAGGGCGCCGACCCCAUGAAGCUCCAGUCGGUGGUCAAGAAGCUCAGCGAGGAAGUCCACAACAUGAGCAGCGGGGACGGCGAGGCCAGCGGUAGCGGCAGCGGCAGCGGUAACAACGGCGCCAACUGGCGAGGUGCCGGGCUACCCCGCGGCUACACGGACAUCACGAGUCAAAUCGAGCUGCGGCACUGUGAGCUGCUCAACGUCGACCCGGAUGUCGGCAGCGUGCGGGUACUGUUUGACACAGCGAAGCCCGGGGCGCUGUCGGGAGGGAAGAGCGCGACCAAAGACUGGGUUGAGAGCGACACAGACGAGCAGCUGUUGCUUUUCAUGCCCUUCCAGUCGAUGCUGAAACUGCACACGCUUCAGAUCACAUCCCUCCCUCCCAGCGAUGACGACGAUGACGAAGAAGAUGCGCCCAUGAGGCCGCGGACCAUCAAACUCUUCACCAACAAGCCGCACAAUAUGGGGUUCGACGAGGCGGAGGAUAUGAGUGCGACCCAGGAAUUUGAGCUUUCCGAAGAAGACUGGAACGCCGAGGGCACAGCAAACAUCCCCUUGAGGUUUGUCAAGUUCCAGAACGUCACUAGCCUGGUGCUGUUCGUCCAGAACGGUGAUGGCGAUGGCGAAAAGACCAGGCUGGACCGGCUGAGGCUGGUUGGAGAGACAGGGGAGAAGAGGGAGAUGGGCAAGCUCGAGAAAAUCGGCGAUGAGCCGGGCGAGUAG